UCGGUUCUUGCACUCGCUGGUAAGCGGCUCACAACUUGGGGCCGUUGCAUAGCCUGGGCGCGCAGUAGGGCCGAGAGGACAGAACCCUGCGCAGAGCGAGGUGCACCGCGACCAAGGCGGAGGCCGAAGAGGGUCUCCAGGCACCGAUCCUCGUGUGGCCCGUUGUCCCCUCGCCCCGAGGCGUCCCGGGACGCUCGGAGUCUCCGCAGCAGCCACCCCGCCAGCGCCUGCUGCGCGGUGCCUCCAACUCGUUGCUAGAAGAAAACUUCCCGCGCGCCGGCAGAACUGCAUCGCCUCCUUUUCAGUGACUCCGGAGCCCACUUGCAGCUGGCUCUGCGCUCACUUUCAGAGAAUCAUAGUAAUUGUUAACUUUAACAAUCCCGAGCCAGGCCAGCAAGGUUCUGCGCCCGGGACCGGAACAAUAGGCUCUUCGCUCAGUGCGCUGCGGCGGCGCGCGGUGACUCCCGGGGUUCGGAUGCAGCGAGCGGUCCCUGCAGGGUUCCGAAGGCGCACGGCAGGAGGCGACAUGGGGAACAAGGCGCGGUGGUCUCGGGGCUGGCAGCCUACGCCCCCGCUGCUACUGCUCGCCGCGGCCGCAGCUCUCUUCGUGGUGCCCGGCGCGCUCGGGCGCCCCGCGGAGGAGGACGAGGAGCUGGUGCUGCCGGCCCUGCAUCUCGACCCAGGACACAUGACCACGCACCUCCGCCUGGACGCUUUCGGCCGGCAACUGCACCUGGAGCUGCAGCCCGACCGCGCCUUCCUGGCUCCCAGCUUCACGCUCCAGACCGUGGGGCGCAGACCCGGGCCCAACGCGUCGCGCUCUGAUCCCGCCGGCGACCUGGCGCACUGCUUCUAUUCUGGCACGGUCAACGGCGACCCCAGCUCCGCCGCUGCUCUCAGCCUCUGCGAGGGCGUGCGCGGCGCCUUCUACCUGCAGGGCGAAGAGUACUUCAUCCAGCCCGCGCCCGCCGCCGCCACAGUGCGCCUCGCCCCUGCCGCCUCUGGGGAGGAGCCGCCCACGCGGCCCCAGUUCCAUCUCCUGCGGCGCAGGCGACGGGGCGGCGGCGGUGCCAAGUGCGGGGUCCUGGACGACGAGACCCAGCUCGCGAGGGGCGCCGGGUCGGAGGGCGAGGACGCCGCGGCUCAGUGGCCGCCGAGGGAUCGGGCGCCACAGCGCGCGGGACAGCCAACAGGAACUGGAAGCCUAAGAAAGAAGCGAUUUGUGUCCAGCCCCCGCUAUGUGGAGACGAUGCUUGUGGCCGACCAGUCCAUGGCAGAGUUCCACGGCAGCGGUUUAAAGCACUACCUUCUCACCUUGUUCUCGGUGGCGGCCCGGUUAUACAAACACCCCAGCAUUCGGAAUUCAGUUAGCCUGGUGGUGGUGAAAAUCUUGGUCAUUUAUGAGGAACAGAAGGGGCCAGAAGUGACUUCCAAUGCUGCUCUCACACUGCGGAACUUCUGCAACUGGCAGAAGCAGCACAACCCGCCCAGUGACCGGGAUGCAGAGCACUAUGACACAGCGAUUCUUUUCACCAGACAGGACCUGUGUGGGGCCCAGACAUGUGAUACUCUUGGGAUGGCAGAUGUUGGAACCGUGUGUGAUCCUAGCAGAAGCUGCUCGGUCAUAGAAGAUGAUGGCUUACAAGCUGCCUUCACCACAGCCCAUGAAUUAGGCCAUGUGUUCAACAUGCCACAUGAUGAUGCGAAGCAGUGUGCCAGCAUUAAUGGUGUCAACCGGGAUUCCCACAUGAUGGCGUCAAUGCUUUCCAACUUGGACCGCAGCCAGCCCUGGUCUCCCUGCAGCGCCUCCAUGAUUACAUCAUUUCUGGAUAAUGGUCAUGGAGAAUGUUUGAUGGACAAGCCCCAGAGCCCCAUACAACUCCCCUCAGACCUCCCCGGGACCUUGUAUGAUGCCAAUCGGCAGUGCCAGUUUACAUUUGGGGAAGAGUCCAAACAUUGCCCGGAUGCAGCCAGCACGUGCACGACCCUCUGGUGCACCGGCACCUCUGGUGGAUUGCUGGUGUGCCAAACCAAACACUUCCCAUGGGCUGACGGUACCAACUGUGGAGAGGGGAGAUGGUGUGUCAAUGGCAAGUGUGUGAACAAAACGGACAAGAAGCAUUUCGAUACUCCUGUUCACGGAAGCUGGGGACCGUGGGGACCCUGGGGAGACUGUUCCAGAACGUGUGGGGGAGGAGUUCAGUAUACAAUGAGGGAAUGCGACAAUCCAGUCCCGAAGAAUGGAGGGAAGUACUGUGAGGGCAAGCGUGUGCGCUACAGGUCCUGCAACAUUGAGGACUGUCCAGAGAAUAACGGAAAAACCUUUAGAGAGGAACAGUGUGAGGUGCAUAAUGAGUUCUCCAAAGCUUCCUUUGGGAGCGGGCCUGCGGUGGAGUGGACGCCCAAGUACGCUGGGGUCUCACCAAAGGACAGGUGCAAGCUUAUCUGUCAAGCCAAAGGCAUUGGCUACUUCUUCGUUCUGCAGCCCAAGGUGGUCGAUGGUACCCCGUGUAGCCCAGAUUCCACCUCUGUCUGCGUGCAAGGGCAGUGUGUAAAAGCUGGUUGCGAUCGCAUCAUAGACUCCAAAAAGAAGUUCGAUAAAUGUGGUAUUUGUGGAGGAAAUGGAUCUACAUGCAAGAAGAUAUCCGGAUCAGUUACUAGUGCAAGACCUGGCUAUCAUGAUAUCAUCACAAUUCCAACGGGAGCCACAAACAUUGAGGUGAAACAACGGAACCAGAGGGGCUCCAGAAAUAAUGGAAGCUUCCUUGCCAUCAAAGCUGCCGAUGGCACGUAUAUCCUGAAUGGUGACUUCACUUUGUCCACUUUAGAGCAAGACAUCACAUACAAAGGUAGCGUCUUGAGGUACAGCGGCUCCUCGGCAGCGCUGGAAAGAAUUCGAAGCUUUAGCCCACUCAAGGAGCCCUUAACCAUCCAAGUCCUGACAGUGGGCAAUGCCCUCCGACCUAAAAUUAAAUACACCUAUUUCGUGAAGAAGAAGAAGGAAUCUUUCAAUGCCAUCCCUACCUUCUCCGAAUGGGUCAUUGAGGAGUGGGGGGAGUGUUCCAAGUCAUGUGGACUGGGUGUCCAGAGAAGGCUGGUGGAGUGCCGAGACAUCAAUGGGCAGCCGGCUUCCGAGUGUGCAAAGGAAGUGAAGCCAGCCAGCACCAGACCUUGUGCGGACCUGCCCUGCCCCCACUGGCAGCUGGGGGAGUGGUCACCAUGUUCCAAGACAUGUGGGAAGGGUUACAAAAAGAGAACCUUGCAGUGUCUGUCCCAUGAUGGGGGGGUGCUGGCUCAUGAGAGCUGCGAUCCUUUAAAGAAACCUAAACAUUACAUAGACUUUUGCACGAUGGCAGAAUGCAGUUAAGCCGGGUGCGUGUGGAGGGAAAGGGCAGUGUGGAAGGGCUGAUGCACUGAAAUCAAGAAGGCUGGAGGAAUCCAGUGUACCUUGCCAGUGAUCAACGAGGUGUGGCGAUGAGUUGGGAGGUAGAGGUAGGUAGAAAAGUUAUAGAUCAUCAGAAUUUCCUGCCAGUUACUAAUUUGAUAGGGUAGUUCUUGGAGAUUAUUCACAUCUGACCAAUGAUAGAUCACGAAAAAGCCCCAGGGCAUUAUUAUUUCUUUUGUUACAUUUAUGAUAAGUUUUUCCAAAAAGAGAAACAACUGUCAAAAUCAGUGUAAGAAAUAUUACAAUCGCUGUUUCCUGGUACUGAUGAAAUAUUUUGUAUCAUGGGGGUUGGGAAAUGAAAAGCAGGAGAAAGAUGAGAUUUGAGGUUUAAAAUGUGGCUUACUUUACCUCACUAGCAAUGGAGAGAGAAAGGAAUGCAAGUAGGGUCUUUGACCAGCAAUGUUCAUGGCUGUUGUGGUUUCAGAGAAUGUCUGUGCCAUCUUUUCUACUGAAAGUUAAGAAUUCAAAAUUGUCCAGCAUGAGAAAAAUGCUUGGCAAAGAUCUCAAGAUUGUCCAGCAUGAGAAAUGCUUAAGCAGCAUCCAAUGACUCAAAUGACUCUGUCUUUCCUUUCUUGUGCCAUUCUCAUGUCUUUAUUUGUGAAUUCAUCUUGGUGAAGAAACAAUUCUGCGUAUUUGUAAAAAUGACAUUAAGUCUACAAGGGAUUAAAAAAAAAGCAGCCAUGUAUCAGAAGCUGAUAAAAGCGAGGGGCGCUACAUUUCUUUCUUCCUGAUGUAAGCCUACUUAAGGAAUGUGGAUGUGAGGGGAAAAAAAACAGUUUGUGUCUGAAGAAAGUCAGUAAGAUCGCACAAAAAAGGAUGUAAUGCCGGAACAAGAAUGGGGUGUGUACAACAGGGUCCCUAGGAUCUGGGGACGUUGAGAUCUCUUUUCUCGUGGUGGGGAAGCUACUGAGGGGUAGCGGGUCCAUCCUCAGCAGCUGGUCCAACAGUCAUAUCCUGGUGAAUGUCUGUGCAGCUCUUCUACUAUGAAAGAGAAUGACUUUUUCCAUAUGUAUAUAGUAAAAUAUGUUACUAUAAAUCCUACAUACUUUAUAAGUAUUGGUUUGUGUGUUCCUUCUGAGAAGGACUAUAGUUUGUAAUAAAUGCCUAUAAUAACAUAUUUAUUUUUAUACAUUUCUUUCUAAUGAUAAAACUUUUAAGUUAUAUCCCUUUUGUAAAAGGUCAUAUAAAAAUAGAGUAUUUAUACAAUAUAUGUUACUAGAAAUAAUAAAAGGACACUUUUUGAA